CGAAAGCAAUCUAGGUUAGCUAUUUUAUUUUAUUUUAUUUUUUCGUACGACAUAACUCUCUCUUCAGCUCCGAAGCUUACCAACGCUCUCUCUUCUUUUUUUUUUUCUUCUUGUCAGUACCUGAUACCUAAAGCACUUAGUAUGAUAACUAUCAGUACCUUAGGUACCUAGGUAGUGAAAAGUUAGCGAGUUUCUUAGCUCAUCUACUUCAGUAAGAUACGCGCUAAACCGUCUCUAUUAUCCACCUCGGCAUCUCCAAGGUUAGGUACCUCUAUCACUUCCAAAGUGGGUCACGGAUUGUGUGUAAGUAGCAACUUCGUAAUAAGGAUUGCGACCAGUUCAGGAUUUUACUCCUUAAGUCUCUUUUUACGCCGCUUUUUCUCUCAUUUAGAGCUUGAUUUCAACCUGCAACACUUCUGUACGGAUUUAGUCUCCCCAUUUCUACCGUCCAUUCGUCGCGUCACGUAGUAAAGAUGGCUGGAAUUGGACCCGAUCAGAAGGUCGAGGCUUAUAUCAAGCAAUUGUCGACGCCGCCUCCUCCCGGUUCGCCUUACGCUCUACCCGUCCCUGGCACCGAGCGAGAGGGUCGAACUCCCAUCUAUAGGCACUGGAGAUUCCACGAUAAACCUCUACUCGACACCUACGUACCUGAAAUUCGUACAUUUUACCAAGCAUUUCAGGAUUCUGUGAGGCGAUUCCCCAAUAAUAAAUGUCUCGGUACGCGGCCUUGGAUCCCGGAAACUCAGUCGUGGGAGAACGGUUAUGUUUGGCAAACCUACUCCGAAGUUGACGCGCGAAGCAAGAAUUUCGGAUCUGGUAUAUAUGAGCUGCAUCGCCGUAUUGGAACUCCGCCGACCAACCACGGCGUUGGUAUCUGGAGUCAGAACAGAGCCGAAUGGCAAAUAGCAGAUCUCGGAUUGAGCUCGCAGUCGCUCUUCUCUGUCUCGCUAUACGAAACUCUUGGCCCUGAUGCGUCUGAGUUCAUCCUCAAGCAUUCUGAGCUUGCCUGCGUAAUUUCCUCCUUACCUCACAUAUCAACACUUCUCGCCCUUGCGCCUCGAAUACCCGCCCUCAAGUUGAUUGUCUCUAUGGACCCCUUGGAAGCUGGAGAGCAGGACGGAUAUUCUAAAAAGGCGCUCUUGAAUGGAAUCGCUGCGCAGCACGGUAUUCAGAUAUGGUCGAUGGAGGAGGUCGAGGAGCUCGGAGCAAAGGUAGCCCAUCCGAUACGUCCUCCCCGCCCAGAAGAUAUCCUUACCGUCAACUAUACAUCCGGUACUACGGGCGAUCCGAAGGGUGUGAUACUCACUCAUGCCAACUGCGUUGCAGGCUGCACAAGUGCUCGCUCUAGCGGGUCCUAUACCUACAAAGAUAUAAGCAUUUCAUAUUUGCCUCUAGCUCACAUAUACGGACGCAUGAUCGAUCAGUGCUCCUUAUCCUCCGGUGCCGCCAUCGGAUAUUUCCAUGGCGACAUGCUGGAGCUGAUCGACGACUUGAAGAUUCUUAAACCCACCGGUUUCAUAUCGGUGCCCCGUUUGUUCAACCGAUUCAGCUUGGGAAUUCAGACACAGACGGUAGAAGCUGAUGGCGUGAAGGGUGCUCUUUCACGGAGAGUGAUAGAGACAAAGAAGGCUAGCAUGAAACUCCCGCCUGGCAAAGCAACCAACAAGCACUUUCUUUAUGACCGGAUAUGGACCCCUAAGGUACGAGCUGCACUUGGCUUAGAACGGUGCCGCUCCAUGGUAAGUGGAAGCGCGCAGCUCGAUCCCGACGUUCACGAGUUCCUCCGAGCGGCCUUAGGAAACUAUUUCUGUCAGGGCUAUGGUCUGACGGAAUCGUAUGCUAGUGGAUCGUUCCAGCUUGAGGGCGACUAUUCUUUGGGUAAUGUGGGUGGCCCAAUGCCUGGCGUAGAAAUAUGCUUAGAAUCGCAACCCGAACUCGAAUACUUGGUGACGGACAAACCCAGGCCGCGGGGAGAAUUGCUGAUGCGGGGCCCGUUUAUCUUCGGGGGCUAUUUGAAGAACGAGGAGGAAACUAAGAAGGCCUUAGAGCCUGAUGGAUGGUUCCACACGGGUGAUAUCGUUGAAAUCGACGAACUUGGGCGAAUUAAGAUUAUCGAUCGCAAGAAGAAUGUUCUCAAAUUGUCUCAGGGAGAAUACAUUUCCCCUGAGCGUAUCGAGAACGUAUUCUUGGGUAGCUCGAACCUGAUCGCCACAGCCUUUGUUCACGGCGAACCCAGCCAGUCGGCCUUGGUUGGUAUCUUUGGCGUGGAUCCAUCUACAUUCGCCCCGUUCGCUAGCAAGGUAUUGAAGAAGACAGUAGCUUCCGACGAUACCGAAGCAGUUAAGGUGGCGGCCCAAGAUCCCCGUGUGGUGAAGGCUUUCCUAAAGCAUCUGGAUGGUAUCGCCAAGGGUCAUAAGUUCAAUGGAUACGAACGUGUGCGAAACUGCCUCCUCGACGUUGAACCGUUUACGGUGGAUAACGAGCUCCUAACUCCAACGUUAAAAUUAAAGAGGCCCCAAGCAGCAAAAAAGUUCAAGGAUGAAAUUGCCCGUAUGUACGAAGAAGUUAACGGGGAAACAGAUUCUGUUAAAUCGAAACUAUAAGCUACGAACCGAACUUAUUUGAAUGUACUUCCCACCAUAGCCUAUAUAUAUUUAUUUAAUUUGUAUAUAUUGCGAGUAAAGAAACUGUGAAUAAAGAUGAAAUAAAGAUUA